UCCUUCCUGUAUAAAACCCACUUCGACCAUUAGCAUCACCCCCUCUUUUCCCCUCUCUCUCUCUCUCUCUCUCUCAGUGUGUGAGCCUGUUUUACUCGUUAAUGGCGGCCGCCAGCUUCUCCCCAUCUGUAACUUCUCCUGUUUCUUCAUCCAAAACCCUAAAUCCAGUCUCGAAGACCCUAGGCCUGAGGCUGGGCAUUCUAUCUUCCUCUUCUAAAACCCUGAGACCUCUCCUUGCCCGUGUCUCGACGAGUUGUGCCGCUUCCACCAGGGGAUCCGCUCUUGGAGCUCGCAUGGUCUCAGUACCUGCGAUCAAGCCCAUGAUUUCGCUCGAUUUCGAGACUUCUGUGUUCAAUAAGGAGAAGAUAACCCUUGCUGGUCAUGACGAGUAUAUUGUGAGAGGUGGGAGAGAUCUGUUCCCCUUGCUGCCAGAUGCCUUCAAGGGGAUCAAGCAGAUUGGCGUCAUUGGGUGGGGGUCUCAGGGGCCUGCCCAAGCUCAGAACUUGAGAGAUUCUCUUGCAAUUGCAAAAUCCGACAUUGUGGUCAAGAUUGGUCUGAGGAAGGGCUCACGUUCCUUUGAGGAAGCUCGUGCUGCUGGUUUUACCGAAGAAAGUGGUACCCUGGGUGAUAUAUGGGAAACUAUUUCUGGCAGUGAUCUGGUGUUGCUAUUGAUUUCCGAUGCAGCACAGGCAGAUAAUUAUGAGAAAGUAUUUUCUCACAUGAAGCCAAACAGCAUACUUGGGCUUUCUCAUGGGUUUCUUCUUGGACAUUUACAGUCAUUAGAUCUUGAUUUCCCUAAGAAUAUUAGUGUUAUCGCUGUAUGCCCCAAGGGAAUGGGCCCCUCUGUCAGAAGACUGUAUGUCCAAGGCAAAGAGAUAAAUGGCGCAGGAAUCAAUUCUAGCUUUGCUGUCCACCAGGAUGUUGAUGGUAGAGCUACAGAUGUUGCGCUUGGGUGGUCAGUGGCCCUUGGCUCUCCGUUUACAUUUGCCACUACACUGGAACAAGAGUAUAAGAGUGACAUUUUUGGGGAGCGUGGCAUUUUACUUGGUGCUGUUCAUGGAAUUGUGGAGUCCUUGUUCAGAAGGUACACUGAGAACGGUAUGAGUGAAGAUCUUGCUUACAAAAAUACCGUCGAGUGCAUUACAGGAAUUAUAUCCAAGACCAUCUCAACUAAGGGCAUGCUGGCUGUCUAUAAUGCCUUGUCAGAGGAUGGUAAAAAGGAAUUCGAAGCUGCCUACAGUGCUUCAUAUUAUCCUUGUAUGGAUAUCCUGUACGAGUGCUAUGAAGAUGUGGCUUACAGGAGUGAGAUUCGGAGUGUUGUCUUGGCGGGGCGUCGCUUUUAUGAAAAAGAGGGUUUACCAGCAUUCCCGAUGGGUAAUAUUGACCAGACCAGAAUGUGGAAAGUUGGUGAACGAGUACGAUCAACAAGGCCAGAGGGGGACUUGGGUCCGUUGCAUCCUUUCACUGCUGGUGUCUAUGUGGCCUUAAUGAUGGCUCAGAUUGAGGUAUUGAGGAAGAAGGGUCACUCUUACUCAGAGAUCAUCAAUGAAAGUGUGAUCGAGUCAGUUGAUUCAUUGAACCCUUUCAUGCAUGCACGUGGAGUCUCAUUCAUGGUUGAUAACUGUUCCACAACUGCAAGGUUGGGAUCUAGGAAGUGGGCUCCGCGCUUUGAUUACAUUCUUACCCAACAGGCUCUUGUGGCUGUGGACAAAGGCACUCAAAUUAACCAGGACCUCAUCAGCAACUUCCUGUCUGAUCCUGUGCAUGGAGCCAUUGAAAUCUGCGCUGAGCUAAGGCCAACUGUCGACAUAUCAGUACCUCCUGAUGCAGAUUUCGUUAGGCCUGAGCUGCGUCAAUCUUGAAAUUAGACUUGGGAUGAGGAGGCUAUAGCCUAUAUCCACCUGUGUCCUUUUUGAUAGUUGUUGCUUUGAAUUAGCUUUCAUGAAGAGGAUAUAAGGAUGAAUCCGUUUCUUUUUUUUUUUCCUGCAUCAAGUGCUCUACGAGUUGUAACGUUGUAAUGUUGUGCUGAGUUUUGUGAACCGUGCAGAAAUUAAUAACACAUCUUUAUCUAUUUAGUAUUA